AUGAAAAAUAAAAAAGCUGCUCAUAAUCAUAGUCAUGUACCUAAAGAAUACUUAACCACUGCUGGAAUGUCCACAGAUUAUGCUGAUGAAGGGGACCCGAUCUACAAGUGUAUAAGUUGUGGGGCAAUGGUGUGGCAUGCAGAAACUUUAAGAGGUAAAGAAGGGGGUAAAAAUGGAAGAUACUCAAUGUGUUGUAAGACCGGCAAAAUUGUUCUUCCAACAAAUUCCAAACCACCACCCCCGUUGCUAUCUGAUCUUUAUUUCAAUAGACAUCCAUUGAGUAAAACUUUAUGGAAUUCAUCAGACAAAUGGCAAGAGAUCGCGUUACUCUUAAGCCUACUAGAAAAAUUCAAACUAAAGCUUAUCGGUCGAAGACAAAAGGAUGGUCGCACAUACAAUCUCCCAAGUGUUGAUGAAAUUGCAGCUCUGAUUGUUGGUGACAUAGAUAUGUCUUUUGAUGAACGUGAUAUUCUGAUUGAAAGUCAUUCUGGACAUUUAAAAAGAAUUAGUGAAUUGCAUCCACAGUAUCUUGCACUUCAAUAUCCACUAAAGUUAUACCAACAAUACUUGGUUGAUGUGUACACGAUGGUUGAGGCAGAAAGAAUUUCCUACGUAAGGAACAAUCAGUCCAAUUUAAGAACGGAUUCACUGAAGAACUUACAACAAGCUUCAAAUAGUAGAAUAACCGAGAGUGCAAACAUAGGUACAAAAGUUAUACUGCCUUAUUCAUUUACCGGUAGUCAUAGAUACAUGAUGCAGAACUACUUGGACGCAAUGGCAAUAUGCAGAUCCUAUGGAUAUCCUGAUCUCUUCUUAACGUUCACAUGCAAUCCACAAUGGCCUGAAGUUGUUAGGUAUAUGAAGCAGGUCAAACUAAAUCUGGAAGAUAGGGCCGAUACUUUAUCCAAAAUGUUUAAGAUUAAGGUUGAUCGGUUGAUGCAAGAUAUCAAAGAAAACAACAUUUUUGGUAAACUUGAGGCAGUUGUUUACACAAUUGAGUUCCAAAAACGUGGACUUCCUCAUGCUCAUAUAUGUCUAUUCUUGAAUGAGAAAGAUAAACUCAAGGACAUCGACUCAAUAGAUCAUUUUAUUUCUGCCGAGAUUCCAGAUGAAAAUGUUGAUCCAGAUCUUUAUAAAAUCGUAAGCAGCUUAAUGGUUCACGGUCCAUGUGGUGAAACCAAUAUGGAUGCUGCAUGUAUGGUUGACAAGAAAUGUUCUAAAAAUUUCCCAAAGACUUUUCAGAUAUUACAACCAUCGACAAAGAUGGUUAUCCUCACUACCGCAGACCGGAUAACGAAAAAUGAUCGAGUUACAGCUGCAGUUGUUGAUGAAGACAUUGACGAAGUACAAGACUACUAUGAUUGUAAAUAUUUAUCAGCAUGUGAAUCAGUUUGGAGGAUUUUAGGAUUCGAUAUUCAUUGCAUAUUUCCUUCUGUUAUAAGGUUGCCUUUCCAUCUUGAAGGCGAACAAAUGGAUGAAGUGCAACAAGAAAAUUCUUUGGCACGUACGUUAACGUAUGGUCAAUUCCCUGAACAUUUUACAUGGAAGACGGAUAAAAAAAAAUGGGCUCGACGAUCCAGAAAAGUGGUUUCUAUAGGAAGGAUUCAUAAUGUUUCUCUAAACACUAGUCAACUUUUUUACCUAAGAAUUUUGUUGAACCAUGUAAAAGGACCUGCAUCUUAUAAAGAAAUCAGGACUUAUGGAGGUAGAACCUAUGAAUCUUUUAAGGAGACUUGCUACGCUAUGGGUUUGUUGGAUGAUGACAAAGAAUACAUUGAGACAAUUAAAGAAGCAGCUCGCUCUGCAUCUGGUCCUUUUAUGAGAUCAUUAUUUGUGAUGAUGCUUCUAAGUGACUGCUUGGUCGACCCAGUUGUUGUAUGGCAACAAACAUCAAAUCUAUUGGCCGAAGACAUUCUUCAUAGGGAACACAAAGUACAAAAAAGACCAGAUAUGAACCUCACACAUGAACAAAUACUUGACGUUGCGUUGGUUGACAUCGAGAAAUUGUUACAACGUAACAACAGUACACUAAAAAAUAUCAUGAUCGAACAUGGUAAUUUGUAUCGAAGUUUGACAGAUGAACAAAAGCAUGUUUAUGAAACAAUCAUUACAGCUGUUGGUGCACAACAAGGUGGUGUUUUUUUCUUAUACGGUUAUGGAGAUAUCAACAAAGAUUUGUAUUCUCCAGAUUUCCUCAAUGCCAUCAAUGUCGGCGGUCUCCCCAAACAUAAGUUGACUUUGAAGAAAGAUGUUCCAGUAAUGUUACUUAGAAAUAUUGAUCAAACUGCCGGACUUUGUAAUGGAACAAGGUUGCAAGUUGUUACACUUGGUGAUCGUGUUAUUGAAGCAAGAAUCAUUUCAGGAAACCAUAUUGGGAAAAAAAAAUUUAUUCCAAGAAUGACAUUGUCUCCAUCAGAUAAACGGAUUCUUUUAGAUUACAAAGGAGACAGUUCUCAUUGGCCGUUUGUUUUGCAAUGA